CUUCCCCUUAUUUGCCUGUGAGGUGACAGACUGAUGCAGACACUUCUCCUUGUUCAUAACAUAUUCAUGCCUGCAGAGAGAUUGAGGCGCGUGGACAUCAGCAGCUGAAAUAUUUUUAUUUUGCGUGUCAUCAUGCGCUGGUUGCUGGCUGGAUACUGUGGGCUCACUUUGAUCAAUAUAUCAGUGGCCUUAAACAUCAUCAUCAACCAGAAGCCCCGGUUUCUUGGUGUGAAUCCAAGAUACAAGAUGAUGACCAUUCAAUGUCUGCAAUCCGAGCUGACCGAGCAGUACAGUACGCAGUGGUACAAGGCCGUUGGCGUGGAUGGUGAAAACAAAACUGUCCAAGGUCCAAGGUUUUUCUUCCAAAACUUAAAAAAAAACAAGAAUGCUGCACUCACUAUCACAGAUGCACGCAUGGAGGACAGCGGGGUGUACUUCUGCAAGGUAAACGGUACAUGGGGACCUGGGACUGCAGUUCAAAUUGCCAAGGCCAUUGACGUCGCUCAGGCAGAAUACAGGUCAAAGAUGAAGGACGGUCUCAUAGUUCUCCAGGGCCUGGUGCUGGCUGGGUGUAUUGCUGCUGUACUGCUACGCAAACAAACACUGAGGGAGAAGAAGGACAGCAUAUAUGAGGAGCCUGAAACUGAUCACAUCUAUGAGGGUUUGGCAAUUGAGACGUGUGGAGGAGGUCUGUAUGAGGAACUGUCUGUGUACGCCCAGGCUGAAGGAGCUGAGGCCCCCUGGGAGUGAGGCAGCCGCAAAAACGUACAACUUCUGGAUUAUAAAAGUACAAAUCAUACAUUGUUCAGAGUCCUGAGAGGAGAUAUUUAAUUUCCUUCUAACAUAAUAUUUGUUUAUAACUGUGCAACAACCGGCUUAUUCUAAAACGCUUCAUGUGCUGUAGAUUUUAUGCUUUUUAUUAACACUGGAGUGAAUUAAUCAGAUGUGACUGAAGUCAACUGAAGUGUGAAGGAAUCAGACAUUUUAUUUCACAUUUUUUGGUGCUUUACAAGGCUUUUUCUUUAAAAUAUGUUGUGAAUAUUUCAGAGUGGCUUCUCUAACUUGAGCGUUUGAUAUCUAUUUUAUCUAUUUUUAUGUCUAAAUGUUUCAAAACUUAAAAUAAAUACACAGUUUAAAUGUGAAGAGAAAAGAUUUUUGGCAAAAACUUGUGAGAAAUACAAUGUUUUCGUCAUUAAAAUGUUUGACCGCUGUAGUGUUGUGGUAUUUAGGUUUUGGUUAAAAUGUUGUAAUGUAGAAUUUUGGUGCUUAGAUUUUCAUCAGGUAAAACGAUAGAAUGUUCCCACCAUUAAACGUUGUUCUGUUAAAGUGUUCGGUGCUUAGACCUUCAUCAGGAAAAGCUCAGGACUGAAACCUUGUAUCUUGGCUCUUAGACUUUUAAAAUGUUGUAACAUUGUAACCUUUAACUCCUAAGACCUUCAACAUUGAAGCCAAUGAGGAAGUGCUUUAAAACUGCAUUUUUUCUAAUGACCAGCAGGGGGCGACUCGACUGGUUGCAAAAAGAAGCCCAUUUUUAUGCAAGUCAAUAGGAAAAUGACUCUAAUUCUUGCUUGAUUUAUUACCUCAGUAAACAUUCUCAUAAUGAGUUUAUGGACUCAAUUGUUAGUUUUAAGUCUUCUUCAAUGCAGUAUGCUGUUAAUUUAGUAAAUUAUGGUCUAAUUUAGAGUAAAAUAGACAAUUCAGCAGGAUGAUCAAAGGCAGCCCUACCAUAUUACCACAGUAGAUAGAUAGAUAGAUAGAUAGAUAGAUAGAUAGAUAGAUAGAUAGAUAGAUAGAUAGAUAGAUAGAUAGAUAGAUAGAUAGAUAGAUAGAUAGAUAGAUAGAUAGAUAGACUUGUGAUCGUUCUGCUCAUUUACAGGUUGCAAAAAACAAUAAAAAACCCUGAAACAUUAAAAAAUCACAAUAUUUUAAUGGUCUAGGGACUGAGCAACCUUAGCUUUAACUGAUGAAGGUCUAACAGCUGAAACAUUAUAUUUGUCAAUAUAGUUUAAUGAAUAUCUUUCUGCCUUUUGUUUAUAUAACAGAAAUGAAAACAAUAAACACAUUUUCAUUUGCUGGAAAAGUCUUAUUUUUAUUGGGGUAAGAAAAAGAGAAGAAGAAUAUAUAAAUAAAUAAGUUAAAUGCUGGUUGUGAAGAACAUCAACUAAUACAUACAUAUAGGAAACAAUUCAGUUCAUAAAUAAGCAUUAAAAAGAUAAAUAAAUAAAUAAAUCCAACA